GUUGGCAGGCAGAAUUUAAAGUAUAUGUAAAUGACAUGGUGCUACACAUUCUUGGUCAAUAGGUGGCGGUAUGCACAUUUAAGUUGUUUGCGAUCCGCCACAAAACAGAAGGAAGAAGAAGAAGGCCCUCUCCCUCGGCUCUGCCACUGUUAGCUUGUGUGGCUGUGCUAAAUGUGCAGGUGAUCAGGGUAAUGUUAGCAACGACGUCUGGUGAAGAGUGUUUCGUGGAGUUUUCCUUCUUGGACACCUGGAUGUGUGUAAGAUGUCCGGGUUUCAGGAUGUUACAGAUUCAUCAGGACGACGGCUGAGAGACCUGUCAGGACAAACAUCAACAUGUGGAUACGAAGAGGAGAUCCACCGCCAAAGAAAACUGCUGGAUGUGAUUUUAACACCUGAAAUCAAGCUGCAGAGAACAGAUGCCCAGCAGCUAUUGGUUAGUAAAGAAGAGCUUCCCCCUGAGCAGCCGGAGUGGAACCCCAGUCUGGACCAGGAGGACACUAAGCCACCACAAAUUAAAGAGGAACAGGAGGAACUGUGGAGCAGUAGAGAGGGAGAGCAGCUUCAAGGACUGGAGCAGGUUGAUACCGCUGAUUUCCCCUUUAACCUUGUCAUUGUAAAGAGUGAAGAUGAUGAAGAGAAACCUCAGUCCUCACAGCUUCACCAGAGACAAACUGAACACAUGGAAACAGGAGCUGAUGGAGAGGACUGUGGAGGAGCAGAACCAGAUAGGUACUCGGAUGCAGAAAGACAUUUACCCCCAGAGACUGAGGUCGAGACUGAAGUCUCUUCUGAACCUGAGACUGAUGACAGUUGUGAUUGGAAGGAGACCAGAGAACAUCAGUCUGGUCUAAACUCAGUGGAAACCAUUAAGAAAAAGAGACCAAAGACUGAUAAAAAAUCACAUAGCUACUCUGAGCACUCUAAAACAUUAAAAAAUAUAAAGUGUCUUACCGGACACACAGGAAUUUACACAGGAGAGAAACCAUUCAGCUGCUCCGAUUGUGGUAAAAUGUUUAAUCAGAAAUGGAAUCUGACCCAACACAUGUUUGUACACACAGGAGAGAAACCCUUCAGCUGCUCUGUUUGUCGUAAACAAUUUAACCAAAAGUCUAAUUUGACACAUCACAUGGCACGUCACUCUGAAAAGAAACUGUACAGCUGCAGUGUUUGUGAAAGAGGAUUCUGUUGGCCCUAUGAGUUGAAAAGACACAAGUGUGUUGGAAGUCAGGCAUCAGUGUUUCAUCAAAACCAAACUGAUGAGAAAAGAGUUGAAGAAACAGGAGCAGAUGGAGAGGACUGUGGAAGAUCAGAACAAGCCCCGGACUCAGAUAAUCCAGAGAGACAUUUACAACCAGAGACUGAGAUCAAGACUGAUGACUCUUCUGAAGCUGAGACUGAAGACGACGUUGAUGAUUGGAAGACUAGAGAAAAAAACUUGGGUAUAGAUGGUGUAAAAAUCAUUACAAAUAAGAGACUCAAGAUUGAUAAGAAAUCAAAUAGCUGCUCUGACUGUGGUAAAACAUUAAAAAAUAUACAUGAUCUUGCCCAACACAUGAUAAUCCACAAAGAACAGAAACUAUUGGGCUGCUCUGUUUGUAGUAAAAAAUUUCACCGAAGAUGGCAACUGACUGAACACAUGUUGGUUCACACAAAAGAGAAACCUUUCAGCUGCUCUGUUUGCAGUAGAAGAUUUAACCAUAAGUCAACUCUGAAACUUCACAUGGCACGUCACACAGGAGUGAAACCAAUCAGCUGCAGUUUUUGCGACCAAAGAUUCUUUUGGCCCUCUCAGUUAAAAAAACACAAUUGUGUUGGGGGCGAAAAUUGGAAGGCAACCAGGGAACAUCAAUCAAGUUUAAACUCUGAAGAAACCAUAAAGGAUCAUAGAUCAAGGAGUGAUCAGAAAUCCCAUGACUGCUCUGAGUGUACUAAGACAUUCAGAAAAAGAUGUGAUCUGACUAGACACAUGAGAAUUCACAGAGGAGAGAAACCCUUCAGUUGCUCUGACUGUGGUAGAAAAUUUAACCAAAAAGGAAAUCUAACCACACAUAUGCAACUUCACACAGGAGAGAAACCUUUCAGCUGCUCCUUUUGCAGUAAAAGAUUCAACCAAAAAGAAAGCCUGCUCAGACAUAUGUUAGUUCACACAGGGGAGAAACCGUUCAGCUGCUCUGAUUGUGGUGAAAGUUUUCGCCUCAAAGUAAGUCUGGCCCAACACAUGUUUGUUCACACGGGAGAGAAACCCUUCUGCUGCUCUGAAUGCGGUAAAGGAUUUAUGCGAAAGUCUAAUCUGACAAUUCACAUGGCACAGCACACAGGCGAGAAACCCUUCUGCUGCUCUGAGUGUGGUAAGAGAUUUAAACAUAAAACUAGUCAAAAGAUUCACAUGGCACAUCACAGAGGAGAGAAACCCUUUGGCUGCUCUGUUUGUGACCAAAGAUUCUCUUGGCCCAAACAGUUAAAAAGACACAAAUGUGUUGGAGGUCAGGUUUCACAGCUUCAUUCAGACCAAACUGAGGGGAUAGAAAGGGAAGAAACAGGAGCUGAUGGAGAGGACUGUGGAAUAGCAGAACCAGCCGGGAGCACAGUUCCAGAGAAACAUUUACAAACAGUGAUUCAGGUCAAGAUUGAAGACUCUUAUGAACCUGAGACUCAAGACAGAGAGGAGUAUUGGACGGAGAGCAGAGAACAUCUGUCAGGUUUAUUCCCUGUGGAAAACUUUAAAAAUAAGGAACCAGAGAGUGAUAAGAAAUCGCAUUGCUGCUCUGUAUGCGGUAAAGCGUUUAAACAGAAAAAUAAUCUUACCAGACACCUUAGAAUUCACACAGGUGAUAGACCAUUCAGCUGCUCAGUUUGCAAUAAAAGAUUUUAUCACAAACAGCAUGUGACGACACACAUGUUCAUCCACACUGGAGAGAAACCCUUCAGCUGCUCUCUUUGCACUGAAAAAUUUUCCCGAAAAGACAGUUUAUCUGCACAUAUGUUUGUCCACUCAGGAGAGAAACCCUUUAGCUGCUCUGUUUGCAGUAAAGGUUUUAACCGAAAGUUUAGUCUAAAAAUUCACAUGGCAUGUCACAGAGGGGAGGAACACUUCAGCUGCUCUUGGUGUGGCACAAGAUUCAACGAUAAAGUAAAUCUGACUAAGCAUAUGUUAAUUCACACUGGAGAGAAACCCGUCAGCCUCUCUGAUUGUGGUAACUCAGAUCCAGAGACACAUUUACAACAAGAGAUUGAGGUCAAGACUGAAGACUCUUUUGAAAUAGACUGAAGACAGUGAUGAUGAUUGGAAGGUGACGUUCAAACUCUUAGAAAUGAUGAAGUCCUUGUCAGGGAUUGUGAGAUGUCUGAGGACAUUUCUGGUUAGUGUGGUCAUCAAAAAACAUUACAAUUGACAAUGGACUUUACCAGACCCGGUUUGAGAACAGCAGAGACUUACAGUAUAUGCAGCAUCUUUCUCUCUUUGUUAGGGAGGAAAGGCUGCUAACAACAGGGCUUUCAGCUCAUACAUUUAAAGGCAGUAGAACUCUGUUCUUCUUACCCAGGAAGGCAAGCAAAUAAAACUUUUACAUCAGGAGGACUGAUGCAUGUGAGUCUGAUCUGCCUGUGUUUGGACAUUAAGAAAUACUCAUCAAUAUGUUUUGAAAUGUAAUCACACACACACAUGGACAUUAUAGUAAUGACAGUAAGCAGAAGAAACUGUAGGCAGGCGCUGAAACCCGCUGUAACACUUUCAUACAAAGUCUUCAUUGCUUAGAGAAAUAAAUAUCACUGCAUGAGACACAACAAGAGCUUUUCACUCAUUUUGAACAUCAACGUUGCUCCAAGAAAGACCUGGGGUCUCAUUUAUAAAACAGUGCGUAGGAUCCAUACUAAAAAUGUACGUGCACCAAAGACCUGGAAAUGGCAUGUGCACAAAAUACUUAAGAUUUAUAAAACUGUUCGUACACACACCUUCACGCAAUGUUCCCUUUAUAAUUCACGAUCCACCUGGAAAUGUGCGCACGUAGAUAAACCCCAUGUUCCGCCCUCUACACGCCCACAUUCAACCAUAAACGGUCAAUGCAAAGCAGCUCGUGAAUGAAAAUCCAAACAAACCGUGGGGGCAGAUCAAAGGUUUUCCAGCGCUGGAUCGCGGUGAAACCCGGAAGUUUAGACAAAGAAAAUAAAUUUUCUGAGCCAGAAAUGGAGGAGCUUGUGAAUGAAGUGAAGGUUAGAAAGCACUUAUAGGUCGUUUGUUUCAGCAGGAGGAUCACAAACUGAAGAAAAAUCUGAGAAUGACACCACGUAUUCACGCUGUCCUCCUACAGCGCCAAAACAUCCAGCGUUCAUCAUUACGCACGAUCUGCAAUAUUUAUGUUUACGAGACCCACACUGAUUUCUUCAUAUAUUGUCAGAGGUCAUGUCAGUCAGCAGUCUCCCUCACUCAUAAUAUUAUUAAUCAAAAGUUUGAUCAACAAACAAAAACUUUUAGUUCUUGGCCACAUUUUUUCGUGGGAAACUCCGUCUGCUCUGUGACUAAUUAUGAGGAUAUAUAGGUCAAAUCAUCGUGUCAGAGAUGCCCCGACUUAAUGUCCACACUUGAAUUAUUUACAAAAUAAAUACAUUCAGGUGAUGAAGAUGUGCUGAGUAACGAGAAGGUGAAAUGUGUGAAGCCACUGCCAUGUCUCUGUGCGCUCUAUGCGUCUUGCAGCUCUUUAUUAAAACUAAAAACCACACUUGAUGAUAAAUGCACGAUAUUCAAAGAUAUUAAUGAAAACUGGUGGCGGCAGUGCUAUCGUUUUUGUACUAGUUUAAUUCUGAUUUCUACAUACUUGAAGUUAUUGAAAACGGCUCACUACAUGUGCGCGGAUAAAACGACGUCCGGUUUGAAUGAUUAUAUUAUGACGUGGAUCUGUCAGUAAAGUCUGACAUUAAGUGAAAUAAAAUGUGUAAGAGGCAUCAAUAUAGGUUACAUUCUGCAGGUACUCAAUGGUUCUAAAUGAAACCCCUGGGCUAGACUGGAUCACAGCUGUGAGUCUCAAUCUUUCUAGUGGACUAGAUAGUUACUGUAAGUCCUAGUACAUUUAAUACAGUCUGUAAAUCUCAGCUGUGGAGAAUUGUCUCUCCAUGGGAAACUUUAAUAAAAAAGUUUAGGCUAAGUGUUUCAAUGUGUGAGCUCAGUAAAGUUAAAGUUAUAGUCAGUUUUGAUAGCAUGUGAACACAUAAUAUUAAUAAUACUAACUUUAUUUGUAUAGCACAAAACAAGGGUAUACAAAGUGCUUUGACAUAUGAACAAAGCAUAAGAACACAAACAACAACAAAACACAACAACAACAAAGGAACCCUCGAGUGAGACACCCAAC